AUGUCAGCCCCCAUCUCCAUCGCCAACAACACCCACCGCUCCCCCCCAUCCUCUGCCUCCCUCUCCCCUCAGACGCCCUUCUUUCCCACCCCCGCCCUCUCUUCCGCCACCCCGAACCAGCCGGGCUCACUCUUCAAGUGGGCCAGCUCUUUUGGCAAGUCGCCCCCUCCUGCCCAGUUUGCCAGUGGAAGCUUCACAUCCCGAGAGGGUAUCGGGAAGGAGAUGGGCACGAGCAUCCCAGAGCACGACGGCGAGCACAGCGACAAUUUCGAGUUUGGAGACUUUAACGACACUGGGAACAGCGGAAGCUGGGUGAAGGGAAGACGGGCAAUGUCUAUGAGCAUGCCGUAUGGUGCGCAGAGUGGCGUGGGGGCCAUGCUCAAGAACAACGGGUACUCGCCCCACGAGCAAAAGGAGACGCCUUUUGAUGCGGACAAGAAUAGCAAGGGGCAGGGGGUGUUGCGCAGGUUGAGCAUUGGAGGGUACCGGCCCCCUUUCAUAAGCCCUCCUACUCAGAACACACACCUCCCGCCCACCGAGCUUCCGGCCUCUUCCAGCCUCCCCCCUCCCCCCGCCUCUACUCCGUCUGGAGCCGAGGGGCCGUCCGAAAUCAAGCGGUCGGCUGCCUUGGGAGGCAAUACUCAUGCGAGAGGGAGGAGGUUCUCGGAAAGCCAGGGAAACAGGAAGAAGGGAGUCUCCCCUGUGAGUAUUCCGGAGUAUUCCGCCUCGGUCAUGUAACGGAAUGGAGGCUGACUAUGUGGCGAGAUGGGAGAGAGAAUCCUCCGUGAGCAUGGUCACUUUUGAGCGGCUGCUUUGAGCUUGUCUCUGUCAACGCACGUGCAUUACUAUAUGCCUAACGAACAAUCAACAAUCAACAAAACCCACAAUAUUGUACAAUAUUCCGCGACCGCUCUGUGACAAUAGCAGCAUCGGAUGUUUUGUAAGGGAGGCGAUGUAGCGGGAAGCUGCCGUUGUAGCUGUAGGAAGGAAAGAGAAGAGGGAAUGAUGCUAAAACCCAAACCCACAAAAACGUUGAAUUCUUGGUAUGCCUUGUAGAUGUAUAUGUAUAAUAUCCCAGCAA